CCGCUUUGGGUUCCUCCAGUCGCAGAGAUUUCAAAUUUCAAAAAAUGCCAAUUCAGCGAGGCAAAGGCAACACAAAGAUGAAGAAGAAAGUUGUAGAGGAUUUAAGCCCGGACUUUGAGAUUUCUCCUUUAGCUCUUCAGCUAUCAGGCGAUUCUCCUAAUGCUUUUGGAUUAAAUCUACAGAGUUUCCAGUCUAAGAAGAAGAACAAGAAGAAAACUGCAGCUCCAAGGCAUGCUACCGUUCAACUGAAUGGAUCUCCUCAGAAAAUCACUACGGAUGUGACACAUGUGAAGGAUCUCGCCUCCUCUCGCAUCGAUGCCAUUAAGAGAGAACUCGAUCUCUACAAUUCGGAGAUUCUUAAGGAAGUUGAAGCAUCUCAUUCAAGACUUUCCAAAAGAUUCAAGAUACAGACAGAGGCAUGCCAACAACUAGUGGAUGAAGCUGAGAAGGAAUUUAAGAAGAUGCAUGAUUGGAUUUCUGAAACUAUGGAAGCAAUGAAGGCUACUUUCGAAGAACUUAUCACGGGAGCACAGGGCCCUGCAUCUUAUGACCAAGAAGAAUGCAAACCCAAACGUCUUAAAGAGUCCAAUAAGGGAGUCAAGCAAGAUUCAGUGUGCAAAAAGUCAAUUCCUGAGCUUAAGCAAUCCCUGGAAAAAGCCAUUGAAGCUCUCCGAAGUGGUUACUCAAUCACAUAACACUACGGAAGGUUUUCAGCCGUGUUCUGCCCUGGCAACAAAAAUUUUCACAAGGCUGCAGAAGACCAUAUAGUGCAAUUUCCAGAUAUAAUUGAAGAGAGAGUUUUAGUUCAUUCAUGGAUUUAAUUGUCUUCCAUGAUAGGAGUAUCUUUCAUUUACCUUUGUAUAUUGAUUGUCAUUACUUGGCAAGCUGUUACCUACACUACAUAUUGGGAUGUACCACUGGUUCUA